AUGCAGCCAGAACACGUUGCGUCGAACAAGCGCAAGAGACGGCGAGAGACGGGGGAGGAGCGAGCGAAGGUUGAGGUUGAGGAGGAGGCCCCACAAGCAAGUGGUCAACGGGAGGCCCACCAAGACCAUUUUGUAGAGUUGGAUCAGCUACACAAUCAUAGGAGGAGGAACCAGCUUCGCGAGAAGCAGAAGCAGCUUCCCAAGAGGAACAAGGAUCCGCAUCGCAAGGAGGAGGAGGACGAGAGGGAGCAGCAGCGCAAGAAGGAGGAGGAGCAGCGCAAGGAGAAGGAGGAGCUUCGCAAGAAGGUGGAGCAGCUUCGCAAGAAGGAGCAGCUUCGCAAGAAGAGGGAGAAGCUUCGCAAGGAGAAGGAGGAGCAGCUUCGCAAGAAGGUGGAGCAGCUUCGCAAGAAGGUGGAGCAGCUUCGCAAGGAGAAGAAUGAGCAGCUUCGCAAGAAGGAGGAGGAGCUUCGCAGCAAGGAGAAGGAGCAUCUUCGCAAGGAGAAGCUUCGCAAGAAGGUGGAGAAGCUUCGCAGGGAGAACCUGGUUUUGAGGCAGAUUCCGUCAUCUGUAGAGCGAGGGAUAGCUUGGGAGGAGUCAGAGGCAGGGCUUGAUCGCAUGGGCUUUUGCGAGCAGAGAAAGUUCUUCCGCCUCGAUAGCUCGUACUUAUCGAUGGAUGCAAGCGAUGUCAGCAACCAGGAGCUCUUUCUCUACUGCCGAGAAGCCUUCACGAAGCAGCAGAGCUUCCUGAGAGAGCGAGUGCUGGAGCAAGGCGCUCUGGGCUGGAUCCAAGGGCCGCCAGGAACAGGGAAGACGACUACGACGCUAGCGUUCUGCCUGUCGCUGGACAUGAAAGAGUGGAUGGUGACUUUUCUCAGGCUGAAGCCUGUACACAUCUACUGCAUGCAAGUGGUGAACGGGAGGCGAAGAUUUUGCAAGAUCUUGUAUAGCUCUGCAGCAGAGGGGUUACGGGAGGCCUUUGCAGGGCGCGAGGGCAAGAAGCAUGUGGUAGUGCUAGAUGGUUUCCUGAGACAGCAAGAAACUCAUCAAGGCGUGUAUCGGGAGUGUCUGGUAUGGCGUGAUGCAGACCAGCAACAUCGACGACUGGCUGUUGUAACAUCGAUGUCAUCUCGGGGGAAGGUGUACACAGAGUGGGAUCAAGAAAUGAAGCUUGAGACGCAUAAGGUUGUUUCCUGGACGCUCGAUGAGUACCUGCAGGCGGUGCAGCACGACGAGCUGUAUGAGCAAGUGAAGCCCUUCUUGGAGAUGGAUGUGGAGGUAGAAUGGAUGCUAAUCACGACAUGCGAUGGGCAAGAGACGAGAGAGGAGCGGGUC